AUUGAAGAGACAGCAGAUCCAGGCCUCUUUCGUGUCUGGGCCCUUGUGGGAACAGAGCUUCAUUUUGUGCGACUAAAUGUGCCACGCAUCUUCUAUGUGAACCAGAAGACACCCAGGGAAGAAGAAUUGGGUGCCCUCUGGCGGAAAGCCUCAAAAAUUCUGCCUCGUAAUCACCAAGCCCUCCAUCUCUAUCAGUAUGCUGUACCUGAGGUCCUGUUCCAGCAACAUUGCAAGUUAGGUCAGCUGGUGGCAGAUCUGUCAUCGCCAGACAUAGAAGGAAUCUAUGAGACCCAGGUUCCAUUACUCUUCCGCAUCCUUGUGAGCUUGGGAUGUCUCUGUCGAGUGGACCCAAGCCAAAGGCAGAUCUUGUCUCGCAAUGGCAUUGGAGUGACAAAAUCAUUUGAGUUGAACAAUCUUCUCUUCUGUACAACAGCACAGAGUUCUUAUUUGGAACAUGGCUCCAUUCAAUAUGCCUUCCUCUAUCUUGUCAAGUAUGAUAAAAAGGGGAUUAUGGGCCUGGUCAUGCCUUCACUGAACAGAGGAGUUGUGUAUGGUGUUGACACAGUGGCAACUAACCAGAUGCCAAAUCUCACAAGCCUGUUCAGGGCAGAAAGGAAUGUGAGGAUAGAGAAAGGACACGGAGAGGAAACUCUACCAAGUUCUAACAUCAAAUUUGAGAGCCAUAUUGUGACCAGUGAAACUGAUUUUUUUCGGAGAAUGAACCUGGAACUUCAGGCAUUCAAAGAUGAGAAACGAGGUCCUGCCAUGGUCAUUGUCCAGGCCAACACAGAAUUGGGAGCAUUGGUGGGAAGCAUGUCGGGCUUGCAAGAGUUUCCGUGUGUUCCACUCCAUAUUUCCCAGGAUGAUGACUUGGGCCUAUUUCAACUGGAUUGGCAAAGGCAAGUGUCUCGAUCUUUUCUGCAAGCCUUCCUCCGCCUCCCCAGACGUCUGGCUGCUCUGCUAGAACAUAGUAGAUACCUCCAUGUCCCGGUUGGAAAUCUUCCUGGUGAUCUUGCCAUAUUUGGAUCAGAUCUCUUCUACGCUCGGCAUCUGCAACGUCAUAAUGCCAUCCUUUGGGUCUCUCCUACUGAAGUCCCUGAUCUUGGAGGCAGAGAAGAUGAAGAUCUCAGGUUGAUGUGCUGGAUGGAAGAUGAACAGCAGGAGGAACAAGGGAUCAACAAGUCUGGCUGCUAUGAUGGGGUCUGCGUUGAACUGGAGAUUGACUGUCUGCCUGUGGCAGCCCUCCUUCAAGCUCCUCAUAUUCAUGAAGGAGAAGGUUCCAGUUGGAGUAUUUCCUUUGAGGCAGGAUCCAUUGCACCCUCUAUUGAGUCUUUAUUUGGAGCUGAAGGGUCAGGAAGUGCUGGGCCCCAGACCCCACUUGCAGGUGGUGCUGUGUGUGGUGCUGCUCUCAGGGUUUUACGGCAGAUGGUUGCAACUUGGCUGAGGGAUGUUGCCCUUCACCAGAAUGCACAUGCUGAUCUCUUAAUUGUUCACUUCUACAGGUGGCUACAUACUCCAACGGCUUACCUGUAUGACCCUGCCCUCCGUCGAGUAUUGAGGAGUCUUACAAGGAAGCUAUUCUUACGUCUUGUGGGAGAGCUGCACCGCUUGGGGGCAACAGUCAUCUAUGGAGAUUUUAGUCGAUUAGUGAUCUAUACUAAGAAGUUUGAAGUCCAAGAUGCACUAUCAUAUGUAACAUAUAUCACAGAGCGCAUCAGGGAACAAGAACUAUUCCGCAGUAUUCAGCUCUCUCCUGUUCAUUGCUGGGAGUAUCUUCUAUGGCUUGAUCAUGCUAAUUACGGAGGUGUGCGUUCAAAGCUGGAUACAAACCAUGAGAGGCAACAGAAAGGUUUGAAUGGAGAGUCAGAGGAAGUUAUCCGUGUUAGUCAGAAAGAGCAAGAUGAAGAAGUGGAAGAUGAUGAAUCUUCUGAGAUUGAGAUGGCGUGGCAGAUGGGUCUUGCACUUCCAGAUGAAGCAUCGUGUCGUAUGAACUUCAUAACAGUUGUGGCCUCAUAUAUAACUGCCAUUUAUGAAACUGGCAAGGAGCUCCACUUGACUCAGUCUCAGAUGAGAGUCACAGGAGAUGAGAAUCCUGUGAUAAAAUUUGCACGAGAACUUGUCACAGGAGAACUGUCACAGAAAGUUUUUGAAGUGACACAGAAGACACAAAAGAAACUCACUGGGUGGAAGCCUCCAUCACUGAAAGAGCUAGAGAAGGCUAAUGAUGUGAAACCUCUUUGGGCCAGACUUGCUCAGCAUUCCAAUCCCACAUUGCAGUUUGUCAAGGCCCUCUGCAAAGUCCUGUCUCUUGAUUCCAAAGUAGAGGAGGAAGUGAUGAGGUUGAAGAAGAACCUUCUCCAACUGAUAGGGGUUGGAGAGUUUAGUCCUGAGGCACAGUGGGCUCUGGAAUCUCCACCUCCUUUCCCAACUCCUGAACUUGUCUGUUCAGUUUGUAAUCAGGCAAGGACUUUGGAUAUCCUGAGAGAUCCUCAUCAAGUCCUCAUUAAUGACAGGCCAGAAUGGUACUGUCCAGGAUGUCGAACACCCUAUGAUAUGAAUGCCAUUGAGUAUCAGCUGGUUGAGAGGGUCAAGAGAACUCUAGUCUCAUUCACACUCCAAGAUCUGAAAUGCAAACGCUGCUCAGAGGUGAAAGCAAGCAACAUGGGGCUGCACUGUGACUGUGGCGGGAAUUACAUGUGUUUAACACCAGCUCAUGAAGUGAGGGAGCAGAUGCUUCUCUUUAACUGUGUUGCCAAGCACUACAAGAUGCCUAUCCUCAACAACAUGGUGGAGUGGAUUCUGUCUUUCAAUAGCAGGAAAUCACAGUGA